CAAGGCGAAUGGAAUUUCCACAUUUUUUUCUGGGUGACCUGCCCGAGGGAUUACCACCGAAAAGGCCCUUUGACCAUCGAAUAGAAUUAGAACCGAGAACACAGCCCACAGCUCAGUGGCAAUUUCGACUUACACAUCAGGAGUUAGAGGAAUUACGAAUGCAGUUAGAUUACUUACUUGAGAAAAAAAAAAUCCGUCCGAGUUCAUCCCCUUUCGCCGCCCCAAUAUUGUUCACCUCGAAGAAGGACGGCGGGUACGGAAUGUGUACUGAUUACAAAACACUGAACAGGGUGACUAUCAAGUCACUGCAAUCCUGGCAACCGCUGGUGAGUCACCAGCAACAUCGCCAUUGGAGCAGUGCUAUUACAGGUUUUCGGCGAAGGGCUGCAACCAAUCGUGUACGAGUCACGAAAUUUAUACCCACCGGAGCGAAAUUAUCCGAUACACGACAAGGAGAUGCUCGCGAUCGUGCAUGCCUUCAAGCUGUUGUAGUGCCAUCUGACAGGGGCGGACGUGAUAGUACGAGCAGACCAUCGCGGCCUACAGUACAUUCGCGCACAGCCACUCCUCAACCCACGACAUAUUCGGUGGUUGGAUUUUUAUGGAAUCCAAUUUCCACUUCAAAGUCAUUAGAAGCCAUCUGGACAGCUGCGUGGCAGCAGGUGACGAUGGACGUCGUUACGAGAAUACCUGCCAAGGACGACUGUAAUAACGCGAUAUUUGUCGUCGUCGAUAAGCUGACGAAGAUGGCUCACUUCGUCGCGUGCAAGAAAAGCAUCUUAACCAAAGAAACAACCCAUCUUUUCAUCGUUCGCCUCCACGGAAUUCCACCCGCCAUCAUUUCGGAUCGUAACACAAAAUUCACUAGCAACACAAGCAACUUCUGGCGCAACCUCUGGGAACAGUUUGGCACGCGCCUGCAAUUCUCCUCGGCCUACCACCCCAAGACUGACGGACAGACCAAACGGACCAAUCAGACAAUGGAGAAGCUAAUUCGUGCCACGUGCGAUGACGUGCCCGACUAGGGGCAGCAACUUCCACUGAUUGAGUUCGU